AUGUGUUUUUACUGGUUGUUGACUAAAAACGAAUGGAAGAAAAUAUUUUUUUUGUUGACCUUGAAAGUAAAAAUAUCGUUCGUCUUCCCAAGCAUGUCCGAAUCAAGUUGUUUUAGUUAUGGUGACAAUGGGGCAUUUUCGCCACCAAUGGAUGUCACAAAUCAAAUGCCAAACGGUGUUCAACAUACAAGCGGAAAUUCGAAUUAUUCGAGCGGAUCAAGCGCAGAUUCACCAACAUCAUUGAGUCCGGUACCAAUGUCGUCCGGUGGCCCAUUUAGUGGUAUUGAUGGUAAUUCAAAUUCAUCAACCGGCUCGACCCCAACAGCGUCGACAAGUGGCACUGCUGGCGCAUCGCGUUACGCUUGCGUUAUUUGCGGAGAUAAAGCAUCGGGCAAACACUAUGGAGUUCAUAGUUGCGAAGGUUGUAAAGGAUUUUUCAAGCGUACUGUUCGUAAAGACUUAACCUAUUCUUGCCGAGAUAACCGAGAUUGCAUCAUUGAUAAACGACAACGGAAUCGCUGUCAAUAUUGCCGAUAUCAGAAAUGUCUGGCUGUUGGCAUGAAACGAGAAGCGGUUCAAGAUGAACGACAAAAGAUGGGUAUUGGCGAAGGCGAAUCACCUUCAUCGCCAACUGCUAGCACAGGCAGUGAUCAUGUCAACAUGGGUCUUGGUGCGGGAGGCGAUGAUGAGAUGUUAAUCGAGAAACUGAUUACAGCAGAGUUAUAUGUCGAACCGAAAAUCAGUUCAUUUCAUGAAGAGGAGUGUUCCUACGAUCGACUUUUAUCAACAACUAGUGCUCAACUGUCUCAAUUAACCGAAUGGGCUAAGCGUGUGCCUCAUUUUGCCACUCUUUCAAUCGAUGAUCAAGUCGCACUUGUUCGAGCAUCAUGGCGAGAUAUUCUAUGCUGCUCACUGGCUUAUCGUUCGAUUAUGGCACCCGAUUGUGGUUUAAUCUUAUCCGAUGGCUCAUAUAUUCGCCCACACACAGCUGUUGAUCAAUCUCUUCAGUUCUUUAUCACCCGUCUGUACCAUGAUGUCGUUACAAUUCUACGCGAAUUAAAUGUCGACAAAGUUGAGAUCACAUGUCUCAAGGCCAUCUUUCUCUUUGAUCCUGAUGCGAAGGAUGUUCUCGAUACAACUCGCAUAUCCGAAUUACGCGAAAAAGUCUGCAUGUCAUUAGCAUCUUAUUGCAAAAAGGUUCACAGUGAUGACGUUGCGCGUUUCGCUAAAUUACUUCUUCGUAUGCCGCCCAUCCGUGGCUGGUGUAUCAAAGGUAUCGAAAAUCUAUUCUUCAAUGGUGCAGGUCGAUCACCGGACACGGAUAUUAUGAAUAUGAUUCGAAAUCGCUAA